UUAGUUUGUAUUUUUGGUGUACGGCGGUUAUUUUUUUUUAAACUUGCUGACUUGUCGAAUGUCCUUCCUUUCUAGUUUCUUCUUAAAAUUUCAAUUCCUUAUUUAGAAAUCCUGAAAGAAACAUGCGAGUGUAUUUAUAGAUCGAAAUGGAAUUAAUAAAAUGGAAAAAAGUCGAAAAUGAAGAGGGCUACCCAUGUUAUAUUGAUGAAACAAACGGUAAACAAUACUUUGACCAUCCUCGGUUUAGCAAGAUAUUGAAAACUUUGGAAGAAUUUAAUGACAUGAAAUAUAGUGCUUACAGAAUUGCAUUUAAAUUGUUUGCCUUACAAAAGAGUUUAAAAGUGCCACCACUACGUAUAAGUUCAGGUGUAUUCGCACGCCAUCAGCUAAGUCUCUCAGAGAGUAGCCUGUCUCUAGAUACUGCUGAGUUAGAAGCUGUGCUUGCUGACAUUUACUUUGCCGCUGAGAAGGAGGGAUUGUUUAUUGGGGAUGUUGAUUUGGCAGUGGAUCUUUUGAUCAACUUGCUGCUUAAUGUGUAUGAUGGAGAAAGAAAAACAACCAUAAGGGUCUUAGCAGCAAAGACCAUCCUGAUAUUGUUAAGUGAAGAAUCAAUAGCAGAGAAAUGGCAGGCUCUCGCUAACUGCUGUGCAGAUCACAAUGGCUGUGUGUCACCUAGGAGGCUGGCAGCGUUACUAGUGCAUGUCACAGCCUUACCCAACUAUUUAGGUUGUCAGUGCGACCAUUUGCAAAAUGAUGUUGAUUCCUGUUUCGCAAAGAGUGCUGGCAUGCUCGGCGUGUCAGCACAAGAAGUAGCGGAAUGGGGUGCACACCAUUGUUCCAGCACUCGUUGGCUGAGUGUAGUACAGCGUAUAUUUGACAGUAGGAGCAGUGCAAACGCUAGCGCUGGCUGCAGUGCGUGUGGACAACCCCUAAUCCAGGUGCUGAAAUUCAAAUGUGCGAAAUGUAACAGUGUAUACUUCUGCGAAAAGUGUUAUUUAUAUGGCAAGGAUGCGUCUUGUAUACCCAAUCAUAAGAAAACGCAUUUAGUUCAAGAAGUAAUGGAUGGGGAGAUAAAACCCACCGAAUGCCUCAGCUUCAUGAAGGGAAUGAAAAGGUUUUUCUUUUGCACAAAGACAAGAAAGAAAAAAACCAGUAAGAAAGAAAGAAAAAAUAAACAGACAAAACAAAGCACAGUAAAAAGGAAAGAAAAGCCGGUUAUAUUCACGUCUACCGUGGGCAAAGCUUCGGGUAAUAAGGCCAAUAAUCCAGCUAUGACUCUUCAAGAUAUCAUUACUAAUAUGGAAAAUGACACAAAGGCUCUUAAAGAUCUUAUGGAUCAGCUUGAAACAAUGGCCAAAGCCGGGGACGACCAGGUGAAAGGAAAAGCUGAGGUAUAUUAUAAUCAGAUAUCAGCACAAAUCGCGAGGCUCAAGACAUUAAAAGACAAUUUCUUAAACCCAAACUAUUUUACAACUGACACAAGUACUGACAAAUUAGAACGACCUCAGGCAUUCGAUCUCUUCAGUCCAAUACUAGUGGAGGAUAAACAAUCUAAGGUCACAGAGAACACAAAAAGUCAGCCGAGGGUACUUAGCCUGGACUCCGGAAACUUCUCGGUGACUGAUAAACCAGACAGUCAAAAUUUAUUGACAAUGUCCGGAGAUGCUCUCAAGCCAGUGGUAGUUCAUGCUACGUCGGACAGCAUUUCCACUGUUUCUAUGAAUGACAUGAGCAAUUGGUAUAAUGAAUCCGCAGCACACAAACGUGAAACAACAGCCAAGUCCAAACUGGAAAGCAAUCACAGUAUAGCGGUCACUGAGCAGCGAUUCGCAGCAGACAUUCGCUCCGUAGAGAACAGUAACGACAAGAUGAGAGAACUAAACGCAGACCUGGACACAGUGCUGGACAGAUUGCAGCAGAUACUCACUAAUAAUUUUGCUAUGGACGACUCGUGUUUCGACAACACACAACUGCGGGAGACGGCGAACGAAAUGGAAGGUCUAUUGGGAACCCUUAUACGCGGCGUGGAACAACGAGCCACGCUCAACGCUGGCAACGGACUCGUAUAGUGGGAGGUCUAGGUUCGAUCCACGUCAGGGGCAAUUUGGGAAUUUAUAAUUUCUGAUAUUUCUCUGGUCCGUUCAGGUGGGACGCUUCGGCCGUGGUUAGUUACCAACCAACAAAGACGUGCCGAUAAGCGAUUCAGCGUUCCGGUACGAUGUCGCGUGGAAACCGAUCAAUAACUUACAUACCCUCUUACAGGUUAGGCCGUCACAGUCUUAGACUGCAUUACUUACCACCAGGUGAGAUUGCAGUCAAGGACUAAUUGGACGUGGAAUUAAAAAAAAAAUACUGUAACGUCACAAGUGCGGCCAUGACACCCGGCGAGCUGGAAUGCGAUUUUCGAUGAAAAUAAUUUUUUGCAAUUUAUAUUUACAAAACCUUUAAUUUUUGCCACGCGAACGAGUUUAUGACUAAGAGCCCUGGAUGGGUUUUAAACUGAUCUGUGGGAUUAUAAAUAUCAUAUUAAUUGUUUGUCUGUCCCGUAACCGUUUAUAGCCUACUGAUACAGGUCAGAGCUUCGGGCUCCCUUUUGGGGGAAACGAAUUCAAUCCCCGAUACUAAAUAAAAUAUCACUUGCUUUAGCGGUGAAGGAACACAUUGUGAGGAAACCUGUACGCCUGAGAUUUCUCCAUAACGUGCCAAUAGGCGUGUGAAGUCUACCAAUCCACACUUGGCCAGCGUGAUAGACUACGGCCUAAAUGCUUCUCAACCUUGAGAGGAUACCCGUGCUCUGUAGUGGACCGGUAAUGGGUCGAUAAUGAAAUCCGUCCCACUUUAUUCGGUGCUCAAGUAUCAUAAGACUUUAUGUUUAAGGAUCUGAUUAGUUAUUAAGCAAAAACAAAAACUUUAAAAAAAUAACAUGCCAUAUAUUUUAUAAAAAAUUUACAAUAAUAUAAUGUCGUGAAUAAUAAAAUAAAAAUUGUAGUAUAAAUUACGUAUCUCUUAAAUUGCAAUGUUAAAAUUAUUAUUUCAAUGUAAAUCCUAAUGUAACAAUAUCGUAUGGGUUAAGCGUAAGUGAACUUAUUUAUCUGAUUUGAAUGAAUAAUUAAACAAAAUCGCAUUGUUCUAACGCCAUUUUGUUUUAUUAUUAUAUGUUUAAUUUACAAUAAACAGUAAAUUUAUGAAUUCCAAAUUAAAUGACUUCAUAAAAUAGGGUACUAUUGAUUGCUGUGCAAUGGUUUUAUCUACUUCAAAUUGUUGACAAAUAUUUUUACAUAAAAUAUGAAAUGAAUGGUACUUUCUUCUGUUACUCUGUCUACUUAUUUGUUUCCUUUUUCAAAUCCUAACAAAGCCGUUCAUUGUUAUUUUUAUCUUGUUAAUUGAAGGUAAAAAAUAAUAUCAUUAUUGCGUAUUACAUAUUUAGUGAAUGUACCGUAAUAUAAUGAGCUCAAAUGUUUUCCCAUACCAGUAAGUUGAUAAUUAAUGUAUGUAUUAAAAAUUACGUAAAAUGCAAUCAGAUUGCAUUAGCACAACCUAGAGUACUUAAAAAUAAAAUUAUCAAUAAAAUUUUUAAACAUUUACAAAAAAAUAUGUAUAAAAUGUGUAUUAUUAUUAAUUAAUUACUCAAUAAAUGAUUAAUUAUCUUAA